UUUUUUCUUUCCAGAAACUUAGACAUUUCCCCCACUUGUGCUAAUGGAAGACACGAAGUCAAAAAUAUCUGCUUUGUCCAUCCCCCCCACUUCAUUUCCCACUACUACUCAGCCUAUAAGAAGAAGAAACCCAUGUAGAUACCAUCAAGAGAGCAGCAACCCAGGAAACAAAAGAAAAAACACAUGGGUUUCUUAAGCCAUCUUCUUAUCUUGCUCUUACUCUGCACUAUCUCUGCAGAAUCUGCAGAUCCUUCGGGUGUGUUUUGCAAUACAAAAGUUAACAUUUCUAACAACCAAAUAUCAUCAAACAUCGAUAGCUUACUUCCCCAGUUGGUUCAAGGAACUCUGCUAAAUGGGUAUAUUGCCACCUCCUUUGGAAAAGCUGAAAACCAAGUCUAUGGCCUAGCACAAUGCAGAGCAGAUGUUACCGGUAACGACUGCAAAACUUGCAUCGAAGGUGCAGCAACAGAAAUCCGAAAACGCUGCCCAAAACAAGCUGAUGCAAGGAUUUGGUAUGACUAUUGCUUCCUAAGGUAUGACAUAAAGGAAUUCUUUGGAGAAGUUGAUACCGGCUAUGGAAUUUUCUAUGCCAAUGUGCAGAACGUGACCGAUCCAGAUACUUUCAACAAAGAACUCGGAGCUCUGAUAGAUAAGAUCUCUUCGGAGGCUGUUGUGCCCGGGAACAAAGGGAAUGGGAGAGGAAAAACUAAGCUGACACCUUUUCUUACACUCUAUGCAUUGGUGCAAUGCACAAGGGAUUUGUCACCGCUACCUUGUAAACAGUGCCUGGCUAUAGCUGUCAACACUUUCAACUUCCCUAACUUCUGCAACAACAAGAAGGGAUGUCGAGUCCUAUAUAGUAGUUGCUAUGUUCGAUACGAACUCUAUCCUUUUUACUUCCCUCUAGAUUCACAAGAUGAAUCCGCCAAUUCUUCACUGGCUUAUUAUGUGUCUGUUGUUUCAAAACCCUAGUGUCAUAGUUUGUAUUGAAGAUGAGUUUAGAUGCCAAAAGAAUGCAUGAACUUCUGAAUAAACCGUAUUUCAAUUUGAACUCUUCACCUCUGAAA